AUGUGCAGGCGCCGCGUCGUACGCAGUCUGAGAGCCGUCCUCCAUCUCAUAGCUCACCCGGCCGAUGAACACGAACCGUAUUGGUUUUUGCACAAGCAACUGGAAAAAGAGGGCAUAAUUGUGGAGAGCAUAGUCCCAUCUAAAGAACGCCCCAACCUUUAUUUCCACUUUGCAUGUCCUCAACGAGGACUAUUCGUCAUUUCCUUGUAUUACGAUGGCUGUGAGAAGGCCAUCUUGGAGUCGCGCAUCACCAGGAACGACCUCAUGGAGAUGCUAGGAGAAAACAGACACAUCCUCGACCUGAGUUAUGUUCAACUCAACAUACCGAGGAUGUAUGGAUUUCUCGAUAAGAUCUUCUCCGAAACAUGA